AUGAGAAAAGGCCUGCUGGCACCGCAAAACACGUUUCUUGACACGAUCGCAGAGAGAUUUGACGGAUCGCACUCAAACUUCGUGCUUGGAAAUGCGCAGAUUCCAGAUCAGUACCCGAUCGUCUAUUGCUCAGAUGGCUUCUGCGAGCUCAGCGGCCUUCCGCGCUGCAAAGUUAUGCGUCGAUCUUGCGCGAUAAGGUUCGUCUACGGCGAGGACACUCGGCAGGACAUCAAGGAGAGGAUCGAGCGCGCCCUGCGAAACAAGGAAGAAUACCGCGUCGAAGUAAAGUUUCACUUUUACAGCGAUCGCGAAAGCCGUGAUCAAACAAGCCAAAGCUGCCAGCUUGAUAUUGUGCCAAUUAAAAACGAGACUGGCACUGUCGUUUUCUUUCUCAUAUCCGUCAAGGACAUUUCCAAGUCAAAUUCGAAGAUCAAUUUCGCCCGCGAGCGCGAGGGGCGCGAUCUAAAAGAAUGGCGACGUCGUUCAAGAGCGAUCCUCUACAAUAUCUCCGGCAAUAUUGGAAAUAUCUCCAGCGCGUAA